CUCCUGGCCAGCCUGCUGCCGGCGCUGGCCGCCUGCCCCCAGAACUGCCACUGCCACAGUGACCUGCAGCACGUCAUCUGUGACAAGGUAGGGCUCCAGAAGAUCCCCAAGGUGUCAGAGAAGACCAAGCUGCUGAACCUGCAGCGCAACAACUUCCCGGUGCUGGCUGCCAACUCCUUCCGCGCCAUGCCGAACCUGGUGUCGCUGCACCUGCAGCACUGCCAGAUCCGCGAGGUGGCUGCUGGCGCCUUCCGGGGCCUCAAGCAGCUCAUCUACCUGUACCUGUCACACAACGACAUCCGCACACUGCGCGCUGGUGCCUUUGAUGACCUGACGGAGCUCACCUACCUCUACCUGGACCAUAACAAAGUGACCGAGCUGCCCCGGGGGCUGCUGUCCCCUCUGGUUAACCUCUUCAUCCUGCAGCUCAACAACAACAAGAUCCGAGAGCUGCGGGCAGGCGCCUUCCAGGGCGCCAAGGACCUGCGCUGGCUGUACCUGUCAGAGAAUGCACUCAGCUCCCUGCAGCCCGGCGCCCUGGAUGAUGUGGAGAACCUCGCCAAGUUCUACCUGGACAGGAACCAGCUGUCCAGCUACCCAGCUGCUGCCCUGAGCAAGCUGCGCGUGGUGGAGGAGCUGAAGCUGUCACACAACCCUCUGAAGAGCAUUCCUGACAGUGCCUUCCAGUCCUUCGCCCGCUACCUGGAGACCCUGUGGCUGGACAACACCAGCUUGGAGAAGUUCUCAGAUGGUGCCUUCCUCGGCGUGACUACCCUGAAACAUGUCCAUCUGGAGAACAACCGCCUGAACCAGCUGCCCCCCAACUUUCCCUUUGACAACCUGGAGACCCUCACGCUCACCAGCAACCCUUGGAAGUGCACCUGCCCGCUCCGGGGUCUUCGGCGGUGGCUAGAGGCCAAGACUUCUCGCCCAGAUGCCACCUGUGCAUCACCUGCCAAGUACAGGGGCCAGCACAUCCGUGACACAGAUGCCUUCCGUAGCUGCAAGUCCCCCACCAAGAGGUCCAAGAAAGCUGGCCGCCACUGAACAGGUGGGAACCAGGAAAACAGAGCCUCACUGUCUCGGGAAGAGGAUGGGUGGAUGGGGACCCCCACCCUGGGAGGAAAGACCCUGCGGGGCCUCACUGUGCCCUCCCAUCUCGUGUGGGUCCCCUGAGUCCUGACAGCCUUCCUUGCCUCCCUGCAGUUCCCGACCUGGCCAGUCCUGGUGACUGGCCUCUGCCUUCCUUUUGCCGGUGAGACUACUGACCUUCCACUGCCUUCUUACCCUGGCCUCCACCACCUACGUCCUGGCAGGCCACCUGCUGGGGCCCAGGAAGGACACAAAGCCCCUCUUAGCCAUCGCGCCUUGCCCUGCAGGGCUCCCCUCACAGAAGUUGUUGCCAAUACCCCCAGAACAAGGUGUGGAAACAAGUAUCAGACCCUUGAUCCAGCCCAGCUACACCAGCCCCCGCCUGCUAGGACGGUCUAGCAGGACACAGAGCUUCACCGCAUAGCCUUCCAUGCUGCGUUUCUGCCCCAGAUUUCUAUGAAAAUAAAUUUAUGUCUGUAUAAUACUCACUCCCCCACCCCCUGUCCCCAUGCCUCACCAGAUACAGGGAGGUCCGAUGUCUCCCUGCCUCUGUUUUCUGCACAGGGGGCCACCUGGAGUCACU